UGUGUGUGUGCGUGUGUAUGUGUGCAUUCAAGGAUACCAGAGAGUGUUUCAAGACAAGGUUCCAUUUUUUCAUCCCUUAAGGUUUUAAACAGGUAAUAAGAAAAUACAAUGGAUAUCAAGAUCCCUUGAUGAAUGGUGUUGACGAAGAUGUUUGAAAAGUCAAAGGAGAGAAUGGUUUUCUUUUUGCUGGACUUUCCUGGCGGUACGAUGGCGAUGCCGUAAUUUCUACACGGAGUGUCUGAGGUUUUAAGCGUGUACUACCGUGGGGAUCUGGACUGUAUGGGGCGCUGUAUGGCAGUGAUCAUUGAGUACACCGACAUGCUGGGGGUCAAACACCUGGGUCUGCAGAACAUGCCCUUCCCAGACCUGGUCAAGUACUGCGUCCUGGGCGUCUCUGGGCUGCUACUGCUGCUGGCCCUCGGCAUCUUCCUGUGGCAGAUCUUCAGAUGUUGCACACGGAACAACGCCACGCAAGACACAAGUGAUGACUACUGGGAAUCACACACAGUUGCCAGCUUCUUGCAGGGGCCGAGCGCUUUGAAUGGAGGGCCGGGCCGGAGGAGGACUCUGAAUCAUCCCCCCACCCUGAAAGGGGGCGCCACCAGGGAGCUGGGAGAGCCCAGCGAGGACAAGGUCAGCGGGUCACUGCGCUUCUCCCUGUUCUACGAGCCGCUGCCGUCCCGCCUGGUGGUCACCAUCCUGCAGGCGGAGGGGCUACAGAGGCGGAGCCAGGCCCACAGACCACACCCCUUCGUCAGGCUGAGGCUGAUGUGGGAGGAGCCGGAGAACCAGGAGCAGAAGAGCUCACUGAUGAAUGAGAAGGGUGAGGGCGAGCAGCCCGCUCUGUGCUCUGCGCUGCAGGAGUGGCACACGCGCGUCGUGAGGGACAGCUGCAGCCCUCUGUUCGGAGAGCAGUUCAGCUGUGCCCUGCUGCGGCAGCACGACCUCCCUCGCGUCACGCUCCGCAUGGAGGUUAAAGACUUUGAUGGCUUCUCUCGACACAUGGUCUUGGGAGAGGUGAGGGUUCCCUUGAGACAUCUGGACAUGUCCUAUCCUUUGGAACUACAAGAGCCUCUGCAGACACCACAGAAGGACCCAGUAGGACAGGUUCUGCUCUCCUUGAGGUUCCUUCCUGCUGCCCAGAGGUUAGAGGUCGGAGUGCUCAAGAUCAGAACGCUGCAGACGGACUCAGAUUCUGCCCUGCAUGCCCGGAUCAGUGUGCGGUGCGACCAGUCCAAGCUACGCCAGCAGAGGACUACUGCUGUCCACCAGGGCCAGGUGACUGUGUUCAAUCAGGUCCUCAUGUUCUCCCUACUGGAGUUCCCGCCACAAGAGUGCAGCAUUGCGCUAUCCGUGUACAAGACGGGCGGUAACAGGAGACACAAGCAUCUGGUGGGUCAGCUGACCGUAGCGAAGCAAAGGAGAGCAGAGGACCUUCACUGGACCUUGAUGAUGCACUCCGUACGCCAGCCAAUAGCAAUGUGGCAUCAGCUGCUGACCUAAGCUGAGGCUGAAGACGUGAGAAAGCAUCAAAGACCGUUCCCAAAGACCAUCAAGAUUAGAAACAACGCUGCCUGGGGUCCACACUCCACUGGGACACAACACAAGUGCUUCUCAGAUAUAUAUUUAAGAAAAAAACGAUGCACUCUUAGAAACUUUUUACAUAAAAUAGUAUGAGUUUGCAAUGGUGGGCAGUCGUAAAGGUUUCUGUUGCGAAAGAACAGAGAUUCUGAGAUGUCUCUGGCUGAUGCUCACGGCUGGAGAGGUAGCUCUGGGCAUGACAUUCAUUAGCAGUGACUUUUUCUGCCUAAACUCAACACAUUUAGGUGCAUCCUGUGCCAGGUCUGCAUAAUAAUAAACAUAAUUAACUAUUAGAAUGUGCUAAGUCAUUUUGGUUUCCUGACCAUCGGUUCUCCCUACAGUCUAGCGGUAGCUGCAACCAUGCCCAAAGCUGUCACUACAGCAUCUAAGUACUUUUGUUUCAGAGCCCUUCCUGAACUCUUGGACAUAUAGCCUACUACUCGGAGGAUGGGAGACCGCCUGGGAAUACCAGGUGCUGUAAGUGGUGGCGGCCUAUAGGUGGCACUCUACCCUCUGGCCCCUUCACUCAUCAAUCCCGAUGCCCCAGUGCAGUGACGGGGACACUGUGCUGUGGAAGGUGCCGUCCUUCGGAGGAGACGUAAAACCGAGUUCCUGACUCACUGAGGUCAUAAAAGAUCCCAGGGCACUUAUCGCAAAGAGUAGGGGUUUCCCCGGCGUCCUGGCCCAACCAGGCUCAUUCAAUCUGUCCCCCUGAUCAUCCUCCUGUAUAAUUGGCUGACUCAUUAAUUCCCUCACUCUCGAUCUGAAGCUGUUGUGUGGUGAGCGUUCUGGCGCAGAUUGGCUGCCAUGCAUCACCCAAGAGGGUGCUACACACUGGUGGUGGUUAGUGAGGUCCCCCCUUCACGGUAAAGCGUCUUUGAGUGUCUAGAAAAGCUUUAUAUAAAUUCAAUCCAUUAUUAUUAUUAUUAUUAUUACUCCUAUAAACUUUAGACAGCUCAAUCUGUACCAUAGUAACCCUUUCAACAUAUACUACCCACCUUAAACAUCGAGUUUAAUAAUUGACUGGAGACAUAAGUGCCUAUCUCAAUUUGUAAGAUCUAGAAUUCCCUCCUUCCAUUUCUGAUGUUUUUCAGAGAUCUUUUUGUAACUGUGAGGUGGUUGGCUGCCUGGUUGGCAUGGUGUGUACAUUGUUGAAUUGUGUAUUUGGUGGUAUUAAUAAAGAUUAUUUUACAACCACC